AUGUCUCUACCGUUCGAAAUCCAACGGCGACGCUUUAUGCGAGCAGCAAAUAGCAAGUACAUUUACGGCAGAGUUCCUUUGAUCCAUACAAUCAUUUUUCUCAUCGAACUCAUCAUGGUCGGGAGACUCUCCGCAAAAUUUAACAGCUACUAUGCUGCUCGUCCAGUACUCACAAUGAUGGUUACGAACGCAGUGUUGGGUGGCAUAGCCGAUACAGUGGCCCAGUCCAUAACAUCCAUCAGACAAGCCGCAGUACGAAAACCUGGAGGAGUAAGGAAGGACGAUACUUUGGCCAUAGAGAUCCACGAACUCGAUACGAAAAAUCCACUUAACGAUCGUGAACUUAUCCCAGAUUCUAAGAUUCUGCCUCCACCUUUUGAUUUCGAGCGAUUGACGAGGUUCAUGGCAUAUGGAUUUGCGAUGGCGCCUAUACAGUUCAAAUGGUUCCAAUUUCUAUCGAGGGCAUUUCCAAUCACAAAGUCGAGUGGCCUUGCACCAGCACUCAAGAUGGUUGCAAUGGAUCAACUGAUCUUUGCACCAGUCGGAAUCGCCAACUUCUUUACGGUUAUGACCAUCGCAGAGGGUGGCGGAAAGAGAGCAGUUGCUCAAAAGCUACGGGAUAUGUAUCUGCCAACUCUCAAGGCUAAUUUCAUGGUUUGGCCUUUGGUACAAAUUAUCAAUUUCCGACUUAUGCCGAUUCAAUUCCAAUUGCCAUUCGUCUCAACCGUUGGUAUUGCAUGGACCGCUUACCUCUCCUUAUCAAAUGCUGCUGAGGAUGCUUUGGAUGUUCGAUCGGCUCCGGUGUCACCAAACAUCAGAUUACUAUAA